CGCUAUAUAUAUAUUUAUUAGAUAAGUAGGAUACAUACAUUAAGACACCACACUCCUUACGAGUAACAGUUGAAAGUACUAAGCUUUAUUUAAAUCUUAUUAUGGCAACAAUAACUCCAGUUGAUCCCUCGCUCAAUUUAAAAUUAAAAAAGCAAUACGCCGGAGGUAUAUUCGGUGAAGAUCCGAAUUUCGUGCAAGUGGGUUCAAAAAAGUGGUUCUUCCCGGAGAGAUUUCAGGAAUACUCUUCCACUUAUAAACAUUUUAAAGUAAGAAGUGAUGACGUUUGGAUUAACGGAUAUCCCAGAUCAGGUACGUCUGUUACCGCGGAUAUUUGUUGGAUGUUGACCCAUAAAAUGAAUUUCGAAGUGGCAAAAAGCACGGCUUUUAAUGACAGAUCAAAGUUAUUCGAGUUAAAUACUUUAUUUGGGAAGCAGUCAGACUUAAUAAAAGACGCACAGCACCAAGAAGCCUUUAGGAACCUGUUUAUGUCGUUAGAAAACGAUCCAGAAAGAAGAGUGAUUAAGACUCAUUUGCCAUAUGAACUAUUGCCUGAUAAUUUGCUUACGUGUGGUGCAAAGGUGAUUUAUAUCGUAAGAAAUAUCAAAGAUGUAGCACUAUCGUUCUACAAUUUACAAAGCACACCGACUCGUGAAAACUUUGGGGGAAACUUUGAAGACUUUUGGUCAAACCUCGAAACAGACUGUCUAACGUUCGCCCCGUAUUGGAAACACGUGGAGCAAGGAUUGCAGCCCGCAAAAAAUAAAUUGAUUGUGUUUUACGAGGAACAGAUCCAAGAUCUCAGGAAAGGCAUAAAGAAACUGGCGGAUUUCCUCGAAGUGUCCCUAACCGAAACCCAACUGGAUGAAAUGACCGAUUUCUUCAGCUUUGAAAAUUACAAAAAAGUAACGCAAGGUAAAAACUUUUUUAACGACAACUUCGAGCACGUGCGCAAAGGCCAAUCAGGACAAUGGAAAAAAGAGUUUCCCGAUUACUUGAAGAAACGUGCGGAUAAAUGGAUCCAGGAUAACAUUAAGAGGUCAAAAAAUGGAGAUAAGCUUGAAAAGUAUUUGUUUUCGGAAUGAAUGAAAGUAUUAGAAAAUAUAAUUAUUAAGUUUUA